GGCUGUGCGUCUCGUGUCACCGACAAAUCCAACGGUCACCAUUUCUAUGUGAAUUAAACACACUCAUGUAAAGCGUGAAGCAUAUACGUUUCUCUCCAAAUGGUGCACGUCGUUUCAUCAAUGAGAUUAACCCUGCAGAUACCACGUGUCCAAUCUCCUAAAUCACAGACUAGGAGAAUACUAAUCACCCUAUCCUGUAGCAGCUUUUAAUGGACGAAUUUAUCCGUCAAAGUUAACACUUGUAACUCCUAGAUUGCAUAUUAUUAAUAAAAUAAGUUAUUGUGGAGGGUCCUGGAAACUUGGCUUGGUGGCACGUGUGAUGUUUCCGUUGCGUGCUUGAGGCGGUUUCGUACAUUUUGGGCGGCUUUAUGUAUUAGAGCAGAGCUGAUUUUAUUUUACUGACGCACCAACAGAACUAAAACAGAGGAAGUGUAGUUUUUGAGCUUGAAUUUUGGAGGAGGGGAUAAGAGCUAGCAAAAAUAUGGAGAAGAAUGAAGUUUUGCCUUUGGAGCUUCCUGCACCUCCGUCUUGGAAGAAAUUGGUCAUGCCGAAGAAAGUGGGUAAAAUAAAGAAGGAUGAGGUUGUAUUUGUUGCUCCAACAGGAGAGGAGAUCAGGAAUCGCAGGCAGUUGGUGAAGUACCUGAAAACACACGAUGGUAAUCCUGGUAUAUCAGAAUUUGAUUGGACUACUGGUGAGGCUCCGAGAAGAUCAGCACGGAUCCUUGAGAAGGUUAAGGCAAUGCCACCUCCAGCAUUGCUUGAGCCAAAAAAGAAACGACGCCGUACAUCCGCGGAUGCAAAUAAAGCUAAAGAAACAGAUGUUGCAAAUGUAGAGAAGGAAAACUUUGACGAGAUAGAUAUGGAAUCUGGCAAAGAAGAAAGGGAAAGCUUAGAGGAGGAGAAUGUAGUAGAAAAUGAAAUGGAGGACAAGGAGAAGGAUGAGAUGGGGGCUAAUAAGGAAGAUACAGAGCACAACAAAGAAGAGAAAAUGUCUGAUAGAGAGGUUAAAAUCCAGGCCAGUGAUGACUGGCAGAUUGAGGGUGGAGGUAAAAUGGCUGAAAAUUAUAUAGAGGAGACCAUCGCAAUUGAUGCCAACGUCCACAAUGAUCCCAUGGACAAGGACAAUUUCCAGGUAGUGGUUUCAAAUGCUGCAAUUGGAGAAACAAAGGCUGCUGAAGCAGGAACAGAAGUCGAGGAUAAACGGGGAUAUGGAGAAAAUUUACACUCCCAGAUUGCGAUAGACAGCAGUGCAGAUGAUAUGACUCAAGAUAUUCCUGUCUCGGGAAGUGAGACGUGCAACAUGCAGGACCCUGCAUUUGUUGGGAAAACUAGUGAUUUCUGCGAGAACCUUGGAGAGCAUAAGUCGCUGGAAGAAGAGAAAAAUAAGAAUAGGGCUGAUCCUGUAAUGGAUAAUGGCAAGAUUAACCAACCAGAGCGGGCACAUACCCCACAGCAUCAAUCUGCUGCUCCUAUUAGUUGUUGAGUGUAGCCAUCUAAACUAAAUAAAGUAAAUUACGCCUUCGCCCAGUGCAUGUUUUCAUCCGUCUCACUGGGAUUUGCUUGGACGAUUGCAAUAGUAUGUUUAUUAGUUUAGGAUUAAGCUUUUUCGGGGGUCAACUUUACUGAUCUUUCUGUGACAUUGCAUCUGUGAUCUGUACUUUGUGAUAUAUUAUGGUGUUCUAUUCUCUUUCUAA